GCAAGUCAGCCAUUCGAUAAAGAGCAACACUACAGCACGUUUGUUCGUUAUUUCGUGGGAAAAUAGUUCAUUGAAUACAUUUCCUGACAGACUGAACCACCACAUUUUUCAUUAAUAAUUAAUAAUCGGGGUGACCGGAGAGAAAUGGAAUCUGAAGAAAUUCGUUUUAUAGAGUUGUUAUCGCACCAGACGUUUUAUCAAUACGGUGAUAUCAAGGGGAAGAGUGUCCUGACAGUUAUGAAUUACCGAGGGUUCUAAUCAAUUUUUUUUUGGUAAUCGCAAACGAAUUGGCAUCGAAUUGAGGGGAAAAAUCAGAGAAGGAAAAUUUUAAUCGGAGCUGGCGGUUCCAGGGGAAGAGCGUCACUCGCCAUUUGUAUCCGUUUUAUUGUCUUCAUUCUCCGGAAAUUCGCGGAGUGAAUUCGAGUGAAGUUUUUCCUGCGGAUUGAAUUUUUUUUUUCAUUUUUUUUUUAUUCGAUUCUCGGAGGAGCUCACGAUGUGGUGUCUUGUCAGCCAGGCAAACUCUGUUAUUCUAGAGGUCCAGGUAGACCCGAGGGCCAUCGGACGGGAGUGCCUCGAAAAGGCGUGCAAUUGCUUGGGAAUAAGCAAAGAGUGCGAUUAUUUUGGCCUGAAGUACCAGAAUGCCAAGGGGGAGGAGUUGUGGCUCAAUCUGAGAAAUCCCAUUGACCGACAAACUGGUGGAGGUGGAGGUCUUGCACCUCUUAGGUUCGCACUGAGGGUGAAAUUUUGGGUUCCACCUCACCUGUUGCUGCAGGAGGCCACCAGACAUCAAUUCUACCUGCACUCACGUCUUGAACUGGUUGAGGGCCGCCUCAAAGUGCCAGAUUGGUGUUCACUGGCGCGUCUUGUUGCUCUGGUAGCACAGGCUGAGGCUGGGGAUUACGAUCCUCUGUCACCACCCCAUGGCCUCUAUUCCCAGUGCUGUCAGAUACAACCUGAUAAGCCGUGUGAUCCCAAGCCUAAUGACUUUCUACAUAGAAUCAUUCAGCAGCACAAGGAGAUCAGGGGUAUGAAAGCAUCAACAGCUGAGUACUGGCUCCUCAAAGAAGUUUCCAAUCUGGACACAUUCGGCCAGGAAAUGUUCCACAGUAAAUUCGGGUCAAAUGCUGUGUCAAUGAUUGGAGUUGGACCCCAUGGAAUCACUGUUUACCGAGGGGACAACGAGGAAAAGCAAAAUAUUCCAUACACUGCAAUUCAAAGUGCUACGUCACAAAGGCGAAUGUUUCAUUUAAUUUACCUGUCCCUGGAUGGUGAGGAGACAUCACUGGACUUUAAAUUGGACUCUAGUCAAUCAGCGAGUGGUUUGUAUCGAGCAAUAACCGAAAAACACGCAUUUUACAGUUGUGAAACAGUGAGGAGUGCUGUAACCGCACAAUUUAUACGCGAUCUCAAGGGUACUAUCAUUUCCAUUUUCAAUGAAGAUUCGACACUGGGAAAAAAGUACGUAUUCGACAUCCGGAGGACGUGUCGAGAGGUGUAUGAUAACGCGAGGAGGGCAUUGUAUUGCGAGACUAGUAAUAUCGGGCUUCCAGAAGCCAGUCAGACGAUGGAUAAACACGAUUGUGGAGAGUGUGAGAAUCCCAAGUGCAAAGAGCCUCGUGAGUGUCUGGCUCGCCUGCUAGAUGCCAUGUUAUGCCGUAUAUGCAUGGAUCGGAGUUUGGACACAGCUCUAUUUCCCUGCGGCCAUGCUGUGGCAUGUUUGGAUUGUGCACGUAGAUGUGAGCGUUGUCCACUGUGUCGUGCCGAUAUUGAUCACUGUAGAACAAUAUAUCUGCCCAUUGAGCUUGCCCACGUGGACAAACAUAAUUUCAAACUCACAACGGACACUCGAAGUGAUACAGCACCACCUCUACGACAAUCAAAUUCCAUGGAUAACGAUAAUCAGAGUGAAUCUCAUAGCAUUGCUAAUUUGGGAAUUUGAGAGCGGCUUGACAAGCGGAGAUUUGAUAAAUUUGAAAAAUUAUUGAGAAUCUUCACUUGUAAAAUUGAAAGACAUCAGCAAAUCGAUUGAAUAUAUUCCAUUGAUUGUCUGAGUUUUCUUGUUGUAAUAUUUGAUUUUUUAAAUGCUUAUGCGACUCGUUUUAUGCUGUGAUGAAAAAAAAAUAUUAAUGAUUAAUUGAGGGUUAAUGAGAUUGACGAUUAAGUGCUUUAGCAGUAUAAAAUGUUUGGAGGAACUCAUUUAUUUGGAUGUUCAUCCCCAAAAUUUGUUAUCACGAUGGACCAAUUAUUAUUAUUUUUUUUUUCUAUUAACGUUAAAUUUCAAAUCAUUUUUAUCGUCGAGGAGAAAUGUAUUUUACUUUCGAGACAUCUACAGAAUGCCGUGAAAUCUGUUCAUAAUGUAUAUAAAUCGAUUUAAAUUCAUAGGAGCCACUUUCACGAUAAUACAAGACUUUUACUUUGAAUUUGUUGUUAAAAAAAAAAAGAAAUUUUAAUGAGCUCUUAAUGAGGCAUUUUUCAGUUGUGCGACUCAGAAUAAUUGGUGCGUGAAUGAGAGAGUUGGCCUUGGGGCCACAAUAUGUUCAUAAUAUUUCGAAUCAUGCUAAAUUAAGAUAUUUUUUUUUUUACUUUAAACGCCCAAUGUUCACAUUAUUUCAUGAUCUAAUUCGAACUUGAACGAAAAAUUAGACCCAAUGAGCCAUUAUUAAACAUCAUUAUUCAAAACUAUGAGGAGAUAAAUAAUCGAAGUGGGUGGGCAAUCGUUGUAGUCAUUCAUCAAUGCAAUUUAUCAUUAUUGAUUAUUUUUAAGGAAAAAAAAAAGCAAUUAUCAUCAAACACGUAAUUAUUGAGAAUGUUUGAUAAUAAUACCACACAAUUGCCUUUUGCAGCAAAACUGGUUAAUUAUCUGUUCUUUCGAUUACUCAUAUUUUUUUACUCAACCUAUUACAUGAAAAUUAAAGUAUCGCAGAGUAUUAAUCAUUCUCAAAGAAAAUCAGACACUCUAUUAAGGCAAAUUUGUCACUCCUAUCUAUCCCAUGUUCUCUAUAGUGAGAUGAUUAUUUUUAAAUUGAAAAUGUGAUGGGUUAUGGGAAGAUUGCGGUUGUGAUGGUCGUUUUCUGAGGUGAUCAUGCUAGAUUAUGAGUUAUUAAUCAUCGAGAAAACAAGUCUUUAUAUCAUUACUAAGUGUCUGUCGAUUAAAUAAUUAUCAUAUUGAUGUUUGUAAUAUUCAAUGAAGCAUCAUGAAUUUUCAGCGGUUUAAUCUGUGAUUAAUUGCAAUAAAAGAUGUGCGAAACAAUUA